CCAAUGGAAGGCCCUCCUCCUCCAACAAGGGGUUUUAUGCCCUGCAGCACCAUGACACCCCUGAUCCUUGUGCUGUCACUCUUCCUCCUGGGAGUCCAGGCUCUGCAUGGGUCUCAAUGGACCUAUUCAGAGGGGACUCUGGAUGAAGAGCACUGGUCAAGUGAGUACCCCACUUGUGGGAAGAAGAAACAGUCUCCAAUCAAUGUGCAGAGGAGCAAGGUGCAGUACAACCCAAACCUGAAGCCUCUGAUCCUGGUGGGGUAUGAAGCCCAGAAUGCCCCAUUCACCAUGAUCAACAAUGGCCACACAGUGCAGAUCUCACUGUACCACACCAUGCACAUGAUAGUUCCUGAUGGCACCAGGUACAUAGCUCAGCAAAUGCACUUCCACUGGGGAGAUGCAUCCUCGGAAAUUAGCGGUUCUGAGCAUACCAUCGAUGGGACCAGAUAUGUGGCUGAGGCUCAUCUGGUUCACUACAAUUCUAAGUAUCACAGCUUCGAAGAAGCCCAAAAUGCACCAGAUGGGUUGGCUGUGCUGGCAUUUUUUUUAAAGAUCCAGGAAUAUUCUGAAAACCUGUAUUACUCCUCCUUCAUUUCUCACUUGAAUAGUAUCAAAUAUCCAGGUCAAAGCACAGUUAUAGAAGGUCUUAACAUUAUGGACAUGAUGCCCCAUAACCCUCAACACUACUACACCUACACAGGCUCACUAACCACUCCUCCUUGUACUCAGGACAUCAGCUGGUUUCUGCUGGCAGAUGCUGUCUUAAUCUCCAUAACACAGGCUCGCAAUUUAGAAAGUACUCUACAGGAUCAUAGUAACAAAACCCUUCAGAAUAAUUACCGCACGACUCAGCCCCUGCACAACAGAGUGGUGGAAUCCAACUUCAAGAUUCUAUUUAACCAACACUCUGAGUACCCAGUGUUAAAUGGGAUCUACAAUAAACUCAAGACCUUGAGGAAAUUGGAAAAACAGAAGAAAGAAAAGGGACAAGAAAAGAAAGAGAAAAGCAGCAAAGAGAGAAAGUCAAAGGUGAAGCACAACUGAAAACAGUGGCCUACCCCAGGCCACACCCUACACUAUACUCCAAGGAGCCUCCUUUCAAAUUAUGCCAGUUAAUCUGUCUAAAUCAUAAACCUGUCUGAAUUUUCCUUUAGUAUGUAGAUGUAGUAAAGUAAUGUUGGA